AUGCCACCGAGAAAGAAGAGGGGUUCGGCACCCACGGCCGUCGACGAAAUUUCGCCACAGAAGAAAGCGAAGACCAACAAUGAAAAACAGGCAGACGGUCAGAUGAGGAUCGCUAUCGAACAUUGGGUGUACAAACGCAGAGCUCUCGCCUUGGCUGAAGACCUGCGUGAAUCCUUCGGAGCAGACCUACAAGUGGAUCUUAACCUUGACAAACCCAGACGAGGAGCAUUUGAAUGCACUUUGUUCAAAGAAGAUGAUUCAGAAGUCCUGGUUUGGACAGGUCUGAAAAAAGGUCCACCAAGAAAAAUGAAGUUUCCAGAGACAGAAGAUGUUGUUAAAGAAAUCAAAAAGGCAUUGCUGUAGAAAUUGUGAAGUUAAAAUCACAAUGCAAACUCUUAACAUAGUUUUAGUGUUUAGCAUUAUUGUGAAGUAUUGUAGAUGGCUUGUUGACUUGACUUGAUUUUGUUGGUAAAUAUGACUGGUUUCCGAGUGUGUAUGACGGAUUGUGUAUACAAGGGAGGCAACUCCUGUACACAUCCUGAUGGUUUUCACUUGUUCCAGAACUAUAUACUCACAAAAUAAUGUGAAGUUAACAGGUCAAGAUGAAGAUAAAUGUUAAUCUUUUUUUAUCAACAAACUUCUGUGGUAUAACAUGAUGUUUAAAGAUGAUACAUUUCUGACAGUGUAUAUAUUUCGUUUCUCUUCAAAAUUCAUAAAAUGACACCCAUGAUUUGAAAGUAUAAAUUAACAACAACAAAAACAACCUCCUAGUAAUAACUGCUUAUAAGAAGGAAAGAUACAUACAAAAUAUAGAGGUGUGGCAAAAACUUCUAAAGGAUGGAAUUGAUAUUUUACUCAAUUUAAAUCUAAAAUAAUCUCAAACUUAAGGAGGGUGGUUUAAGUUUAAGUAUGGAACUUUUUGUAUUGUGUAAAAAUAAGUCGCCUAUGAUUUCAUAUUACGAUUUAUCCGAGAUUAAGCAUCGUAAAUGUACUGUGUACAAUAUUUUCUUCUAUAAAGUUGUAUUUCUGAUGUUUCAGAUAUGUAUCUGGUAAUAUUAAAUAAUUCCAAUACAGGUCAGUUUAGAAUGGUACAUUGUUUUAGCCGAUUUAGAUAUCUAGAAGAUUGAGUGUAGAAUUGUUUCAACAAACUGCUAGUAACACUUCUAAAUAGAAUAUAUAUACAUGUAUAAGGAUGGUCUUGCCUUUUACCUUGUCAGCCAGUGUUCAAGUCUUCAACAGAUAUGAAAAGAUACGAGGGUCACCUGGCUGACCAUGUGGUUUUUCUCCUGGUACUCCAGUUUCGCUCCCUUAAUGUUUCGUGGCAAAUCAAACAAUGAUCUAUCAUAGAAAAUAAUGAUUAUUUGGAUGUAACAUCAUUUUGAUUAAUCAGAACAUCACUAUGUGGACUAGAAUCAUCACACUUGUUUGUAGCUUUUAAUGUCAUUAUCAAACUUGUCAAAUUAAAGGACAUCAAAACCAGGUCACAGGUUAUUUUGCCCUAGAAAUGUGACUAGAAAGCCGAUUUUGUUAUAUCAUGAAGACGAUAUCUGACAUAAUUUACUCUCUGUAUCCAUGGCUAUAUAAUAAGGUCUAUAGUAAAUAUGGCUACAUAAUGAUAUUGUCUUGUUAGGAGAGCCUGUCUGAUAGAUAAAUGUAGUAUGUUAUUGGUGCUUGCUCUGUUACAAUGUAGCUUUUUAUCAUGGACAUUUUAAUAACAAACAUUGAUAUCCGUGGAAUAUUAGGGUAUUAAUACAUUGUAGUUUGAUACAAUUCCUCAUGUAUACAACUUAGUUGGAUUGAUACAAUGUAGUUAAGAUUAAUACAAUGUAGUUAAGAUUGAUACAAUGUAGUUAAGAUUAAUACAAUGUAGUUAAGAUUAAUACAAUCAAUGUAGUUAGAUUAGUACAUUGUAGUUGAAUUAUUUAGACAAUAUAGAUUUAUACAAUAGAGGUAUGCAUGUAUAGAAAAUAGUGUAGGUGUAACCACAGUCGUCUGUAUCUGGUUAGUAUUUAUAGAAAACAAAUAUUAGUCCCAACUCUUACUAUAUCCUAUUAUAUGUAGUAGGAGUAGGGGAUAUUUUUUAUUUUUCUAUAAAUACUAGUCAGAUGCAGACACCUGUGGUGUAUUUAGGAAAUGUAGAGAUGAAGUAGACGGUGUAGAUGGACUGUAAGAAAUGAUUUUGUAGAUGUUAUAUUAGAUACCACCACUAUGUGUUCAGGUAUGUGUAUCGUGUGACCGGGUGUGAAUGUAUGAACGAAGUAAAACGAGAUGACUGAAGUAUACAAUACAGGAGAAACAAGAUUUGUUCAUUUUUUUUGAUAAGUGAAAUAAGAGCUGAAUAUUAUUACAGAAACAUACAGCUGGGUGUCCAUUGUAGUGACAUUAAGCUAAGCUAUCGAUGUAUUUGGCAGACGUGUGCAUUCUUGUGUGUGCGAGAAUUUGUGAAUCUAUGGGAGUUCAAUAGUUGUAUGAUUGUGUAGAAAUCCUGUAAAGAGACCAGCAUUAUCUGUUCAGUAAAGAAAGAGAUGACAAUGAUGAUUUCUGUACUAGU